GCCAGUUUAAUAAUACAUUCAUUAAAUAGUACCCCAAUUAAUAUCCUCUGUCAACAAUCGAACAAUAAGUAACGAGAUACCGUUGAAAGUGAAUCUAGUCCUCAAAAUACAUCAAAAUAGGGACCAAUUUCAAAUGGAUUAUUCUUCGUUCAAAACGGAAGUCUGUAAACGGAGGCGGUCGGUAAUCACCAGAGAAUAUACGAAAAUAGCGUACUCCGGCGCGAAAACCAUGAUUACACUGGCAGAGGGAAUGCCGAACGAAGAAACGUUUCCUUUCACAGAAAUUUCUAUCAAACUUAACGAUGGAUCGUCUUUCAAGCUCGACGAAAGGGAAUUGGGCGCUGCUUUGCAAUAUAUUCCCACGCAAGGAUAUCCACCGCUUCUUGAGAGCCUGAUGAAGUUUCAGAGAAGGGUGCACGCACCUCCCUUGUGGGAGAGUCGCGACAUUGUGAUCGUCUCCGGAGCUCAGGACGGAUUAAGCAAAACUCUCGAGGCUAUAAUCGGCCCAGGUGAUCCGCUCUUGAUACAGGAUCCUCUUUAUCCUGGCGUGGAAGUUGUGGUCGCCCCGUAUGAGGCGGAGCUGAUCGCCAUUCCCCAAGACGAGGAUGGCGUCGUUCCUGAAAUUCUUAUGGAAACGUUGAGGAAAAGGCAACUCUCAGGAAAGAAAAUGCCGAAGUUAAUGUACUUAAAUGCAACCGGGUCGAAUCCCACCGGCGUUACUAUUCCGUUGGAUAGGCGGAGGGAGAUCUAUAGGAUAGCCUGCGAGUACAACUUCCUGAUUCUGGACGACGAUCCUUACCACUUCAUGCACUUCGAAGAAACGGAACCUAAAUCGUUCUUAUCAAUGGACACGGAAGGUCGUGUGAUCAGGUUGGACUCUUUUUCAAAAGUGAUCAGCAGUGGUAUCAGAUUAGGAUUCAUCACAGCUGCAACGCCACUGGUAGAAAGCAUAGAGCAUCACUUGCAGAGUUGCCACCUUCAAGCAUCUACCUUAUCACAGGUGAUACUAUACAAACUGUUGGAAACCUGGGGAUACGACAAACUAAUGAGUCAUUUUGAGAGUGUAAGGUGUUUCUACAAGAAACGUAGAGACUACAUCGCUGCCUUGGCUGAGGAACACUUGAGUGGCCUGGUAGAUAUCACAUUGCCUAGAGGAGGCUUCUUCCUAUGGAUCAAAGUUCGAGGGGUCAAGGACACUUCGAAAAUGAUCGUGCAACGAGGAAUCGAGGAAGGUAUCCUAGUGCUACCUGGUUCAGAUUUUAUGUGCGAUCCCAGCAAACCUAGCGAUGCUAUUAGAUUGUCGUACGGCCAGGCUUCUUACGAAGAAAUGGAUCUGGCGUUCAAAAAAUUGGCGAAGUUGAUCAGAUCCAUACAAGAUUAAGUCGAGAUACUGACUUAAUAAAUGACCAGCACGAAUGCUGAAUAUAGCAUAAGAUAGCACGUACACAACUGAUCACCAGCGUCGAUUCGUACCUUUUUGAUUGCAACUCACCAAUCGCUAAUGCAGCUGCUUAGCGAUUCCUGGACCCUACCCUGAAAACGAACGCGAAAAAAAUAAUCGCAACACUAAAAAUACUCGCGAUCAAAUUCAUACUAUUUACAACUAGCAAAGCCACUAAUAUUCUGCAAACCGAGAUUAAUGUUUAUACGCAACUCUACCCUGGAAAAGAAACGCGAAAGGCUCUGAUUGUUCGCAACCCUAAAUGAAACUAUACAAUUUAUGCAAUUAAUUUGCAUCAUUGACUAGGCAAAUAAACGCGAAUAAUUCGUACUUCGCAACGCUAAUGGCAAACCGUUAUCAGUUCUUGUUCGCUACACUACUCUGAAAGAAAAUGCGACAAUAUUAUCCGCAACUCUAACGUUAAUCAUGAUAUAUUUGUAUUCAUCGCAACACUAAUGCAAACCGCGAUUUGUCCGAAACAACUGAUCGUUGUGGUACAAGUACCAUCUGAAAAACUACAAUUACUACAGCACAUACUACCACUACUACUACUACAAUUACAGACGAAUACAGUGACACAAUAGAAUCAAAUAAUGAUUCUCCAUCCUCAUCCGAAGAUGAAGAUGAAGAACCAUUCGUUGCAGCCCACUCUUGCGACAGUUUGUCAGGGCCUCUUCGACUUCAUCGAGUCUUUUCUUUCUUCGGCGGUAAUGCCGAAACCUGAAACUUAAUACUAGGCUCGAGAUUCCGUGCAAUACACAGUCUUCCAACAAUUCUACGAAUUGUUAUCGGAACUGGUGUGAAGAAACUCGAGCGGGACGAGCGUUUCGAGAGGGGCUAACCACGACCGCGAACGCGAAGAACGACUUUAAAGUCGCGGCGAUUCCAAGAAUGGAAAAUAACACCAAAACAAACGGUACAAACCGUUUGGAUCGGCCAACUUUUCCACUCUCGAAUCGAACUAUAGGUUACAGGACUGCCACGCGAAAACGCGCCUACCCGAGAAAAGACUGUGGACAGCCCUGCCCUGACCCUACCAACUUAGAUCUAACACACGCGUACCAGAACUUAAGUGACCUACCUACCUAACCCUAUAUUUAAAAAUUUGCAAAACGCAUUCUCACAAACAAACACUCCACGAUUCUCAUACAUAAUGUUCGGGCGCGGCCUAAACUAGGGAGGACGCCCCGAG